CAGACCGGGCCCUCCUCAACGACCAUGAUCGACACGGGCUUACAAGCGGUGUUCGCCAUAACCGUCGACGACCCCCAGAAGGUAGGCGAUCCCAUUAGACCAUACACCAUGUAUACGGUACAUACCAAGACGACAUCCCCGAUGUUCAAGAAGUCUUCGUUCUCCGUCCUUCGUCGUUAUUCCGACUUCCUAUGGUUGUACGAGACUCUUUCGCUGAACAAUCCCGGCGUAGUCGUGCCUCCAGUUCCUGAGAAGAAUCCUUAUCGGAGGUUUGACGAAAACUUCGUACAACAGCGGCGUUUCGCACUCGAGAAGUGUAUCCAGAAGAUCGCAAGCCAUCCCAUCCUGCAGAGGGAUCCGGAUCUGAAGAUGUUCCUUGAGAGCGAUACGUUUGCUUUGGAUAUCAAACAACGUAAAGCGGAACUCGCGCAGGAGAAGGGCGGCUUGAUGGCGAGCAUUGGGCAGUCGCUCGCUGGCCCCAGGUUCCAUGAAACUGACGAGGUGACUCUUCUUCAUCGACCUUCCUUGCAGUGGUUUGAUAAACAAAAGGCAUAUCUCGACAGUUUAGAAUUGCAACUCAAAGGGCUUGUCAAAGCCAUCGAUCUUGUCGCAAAGCAUCGGUCAGAGCUGUCAGCAGCUACGAGAGAGUUCGCGCAAGCGAUAUCAGAAUUGUCGGCCUCUGAUGUCGGCCCACAGCUCUCGUCGGCUUUCGCGGGGUUGGCAGAAGUGGAGCAGAAAGCGCAGGAAUCACACAGCACACAAUCACAAGAGGAUGUAGUGACCAUCAUGGCGACAGUGGAUGAAUAUGCUCGGCUUAUCAACUCAGUGCGGAACGCGUUCAACUCCCGCAUCCGCACGUAUCAUACAUGGCAGUCGACGGACGGUUAUCUCAAGCGCGUAAAGCAGACUCAUGAGACAAAUCGUGCCCAGGGCAAGCUGCCCUCAGACCAACUGAGCCGAUCGUUAUCUCUAGUUGCUGACGCGGAAAGGCGUGCUAUGGACGCGAAGCAGGAUUUCGAUCAGGUGUCUAGGUUGGUCAAGGCAGAAGUCGCGCGCUUCGAGUAUGAACGAAUAGAAGACUUCAAGAGUUCUCUUGAGGCAUUCUUAGAGGGAAUGAUCUCGAGGCAAAAGCAGGUGAGGGUGGUUUCCCCAUUGUCGUGAGGUUACCAUUCAUCUCAAUCCUC